GGCAAGUGUUGUGGCGCCUGUGCUGCAGCAUUCACCUUUUUCUGUGAUAUUUUUUGUGUAUUUUUCGGGAAUGGAAAUCACACACAAAAAUGUGGACACUUAUUUAAAAAAAGAGCGCUAGUGCCUGGUGAAUAGCCAACUAACCGACCCUCCUCCCCUCCAGAUUCGGAAGACAGUGCGGACCCAAUAAAGAACAAGUAAAAGCCUCCAGAAGUGUGAGCGAAAACAAGGAACAAUAACAAAAGGGAGCAGCAGAGGAGGCGGCAGAAGUGGAGGCCAGAGGACGACCAACUCGCCCGUGAAGGAGUGCGGAGCACACAGGACUGCAAAGUGGCGUCGCUACUCGAGAUCGGGGCUGGGGCAGCAGCGGCGUCCAUGUCCACGGGGCACCACCACCACCACCAAGCAGGGCGGACUAGGACCAGGACCACCAAGGAGACCAGGAGAGCGCAGCAGCCGGAGCAGCCGGUGUGGUGUCGCCAACUGUGGCCUUAAGCAUGUAGUCUUGCAGCACAGAAAGCGUCUCUAACUAAGCACAAGACACAAGGAGCAGCAGCUACAUCCAGUUGAAGCAACAAGAAACACACAAAAACCCAAACAACACCAAUGAAAAAUGUCACAAAGAGGUAAGCGCGGAAAUCAGCAGCACCACCAGUCGCACCAUCCGCCGCCGCAGCAGCAGCAGCGCAAGGAUGUUGAGCCGCAGCCACCGCCCACCAAGCGGCGCAAAGGCAGGCCGCCCAAUGGGGCGACUACGACGACAGCAGCAGCAGUGGCUGUGGAACCAGGAUCAGGAUCCGAGAGGGUUCCACACCUGCCGCUGAGCAACAGCAAUAGCAAGCAUGACCAACAGGCAGAGCCAGCGGAGCCUGAAGCGGGAGGAGCAGGAGGAGCUGGAGGAGCCAGCACCAGCAAGUCCAAGUCGACAAAGCUGGCCAAGUCGGCGAGCAAGUCGAGCAAGCUGCAGGGCGCCAGCUCAAGCAGCUCCUCCUGGCAGGCGCGCUCUGUGGCGGACAUCAAGAUGUCGAGCAUCUACAAUCGCAGCUCAACGGAAGCCCCAGCUGAACUUUACCGCAAGGAUCUCAUUAGCGCAAUGAAAUUGCCAGACUCUGAGCCGUUGGCCAACUACGAGUAUUUAAUUGUAACCGACCCAUGGAAGCAGGAAUGGGAAAAGGGCGUCCAAGUGCCCGUCAAUCCCGACUCCCUGCCCGAGCCAUGCGUCUAUGUUCUGCCCGAACCGGUUGUGUCGCCAGCACACGACUUUAAACUUCCGAAAAAUCGCUAUCUGCGCAUUACCAAAGACGAGCACUACUCGCCGGACCUGCAUUACCUGACGAAUGUCGUUGCCCUGGCGGAGAACACGUGUGCCUAUGACAUAGAUCCCAUCGACGAGGCCUGGCUGCGGCUCUACAACGGGGAUCGCGCCCAAUGCGGAGCCUUCCCCAUCAAUGCCACGCAGUUCGAGCGAGUCAUUGAGGAGCUAGAGGUGCGUUGCUGGGAACAGAUCCAAGUCAUACUUAAACAGGAGGAGGGCUUGGGUAUCGAAUUCGAUGAGAAUGUCAUCUGCGAUGUCUGCCGUUCGCCCGACUCCGAGGAGGCGAACGAAAUGGUAUUCUGUGAUAACUGCAAUAUCUGUGUGCACCAGGCUUGUUACGGCAUAACAGCAAUCCCAUCAGGCCAAUGGCUAUGUCGCACCUGCUCGAUGGGCAUCAAGCCGGACUGCGUGCUGUGUCCGAACAAGGGCGGCGCCAUGAAGUCCAACAAGUCGGGCAAGCACUGGGCCCACGUCUCCUGCGCACUGUGGAUACCCGAGGUCAGCAUUGGGUGUGUGGACCGCAUGGAGCCCAUCACGAAAAUCUCAAGCAUUCCCCAGUCGCGCUGGUCCCUGAUCUGCGUGCUCUGCCGCAAGCGGGUGGGCAGCUGCAUCCAGUGCUCGGUGAAGCCCUGCAAGACCGCGUACCACGUGACCUGCGCCUUCCAGCACGGCCUCGAGAUGCGCGCCAUCAUCGAGGAGGGCAACGCCGAGGACGGCGUGAAGCUGCGCUCCUACUGCCAGAAGCACAGCAUGAGCAAGGGCAAGAAGGAGAGUGCUGCUGGCCAUGGCGGAGGCAGUGCCUCGGUGGCAAGCGCCAUGCACAAGCAUGCGAAUCGUUAUGCUGGCGCAGGUGGAGUAGGAGCAGCCGACGAUGGCAGCAAUGCCUGUGGAACGUCGGGAGAGGAUCCACGCCGGCGGAAGAAUCACCGAAAAACCGAACUGACCUCUGAGGAACGUAACCAGGCCAGGGCUCAGCGUCUCCAGGAGGUUGAGGCCGAGUUCGAUAAGCACGUUAACGUAAAUGACAUUAGUUGCCAUCUGUUCGAUGUCGACGACGAUGCCAUCAUUGCCAUAUACAACUACUGGAAGCUGAAGCGAAAGUCGCGGCACAAUCGCGAGCUGAUACCGCCCAAGUCCGAGGACGUGGAGAUGAUAGCGCGCAAGCAGGAGCAGCAGGACAUGGAGAACCACAAGCUGGUCGUCCACUUGCGUCAGGACCUGGAGCGUGUGCGCAAUCUCUGCUACAUGGUCAGCCGGAGAGAGAAGCUGUCGCGCUCGCUCUUCAAGCUGCGCGAGCAGGUCUUCUACAAGCAGCUUGGAGUGCUGGACGAGAUGCGGCUGGAGAAGCAGCAGCAGCUGCCCAAGCAGGACGAAAAGCAACGGCCUGCCAUGGAUUUGGAGGCUGUAAUCUACGCCAACGAUGGGCCCACUCUGUACGAUCGCUUCUACAGCUCCGGAGUUGGACAAACUGUGCCGGCGCAGUACCAGGACUUGAAGUACAUUCUCGAGCAGCUGAUGGGCAAGCUGCAAGGCGGCAAGCAGGCGCGUGGCCGUGCCUCCCAGUCGCCCAACAAGCGCAAGCAGCCGGCCAAGACGUCGCCCAGCAAGAAGCUCAACAAUGGCAACCUCUCCUCCUCGCGUACCUCUUCCCCCGAGAAAACGCCCGCGUCGGCGGGGAGUAAGGGGGGACCGACCAGCGGCGUUGUCAGCAAGGUGCGGUCCCCGCCCGGGAAGCCCCCUGCAGGGAGGCGUGCCUCGAAGAGCGGCGCGGCGGCGGCGACGUCGACCCACAACAGAAAUCCAACGCAGCAGCACUCAAAUCCCAACCGGAGCAGCACGUCCUCCCAUUCGUCGAGCGGCAGCUCAUCAUCGGGUAAUUCCAGCUCGGCGAAUGGCUCCAGUAGUUCCGGCUCCAAUUCCUCUGGCAGUGAAUCGGGCAGUGACAGCGGAAGCUCCAGCGGAGCAGCCAGCGGUGCCUCCAAGCGAAAGUCUUCCUCCGGAAGAAGCCCCCUCAAAAAGCAGAGCUACGCUCGAUCCGUUGAGCAGCGGCAAAAGCAGCGACAGCGUCGUCAAAGUGAAGCGGCUGCGGGUGCGUCUGCGGCGUCUCCGGAUUCCAGGUCAGGAGGAGGCGGCAGCAGCAGCAGCUCCAGCGAUGACGAGGACGAGCGACGCCGGACGAGCCGACCAGAAGCGGCGGGCGGCGCCAGACGUGGACCAGUCCACCAGCAGAGCAGCAAACAUGCAGUACCUAACAAGAGCCAGCCAACUAAGUCAAAACCAAACGCUGAAGGCGGCGCCGGACCGGGAAGAAGAAAACUCUCGUCUGCGACGACAGCAACCACCACACGGGGACUUGCCCAAAUGGACCGAGAUGCCGACGAGAGCUUGUCGAGUGACGAAAGCGAAGAACUGUUGCCCCUGAGGGGCGAACGGCAACGUGAGAGCACCACGAUGGUGAAUAGUGGAGCGGCCGCCAGUCGAAAGAUGGGACGGCACAUCUACUCAGAUUCCGAGAGCAGCUCUUCAGCCCCGGAGAAGGAUCCCGAGGAGCAGGCCACCGUGGAGAGCAACGUGAGUGACUCGCAGAACCAGCAGACGAUUCGGACGAAGGCGGCCAUGAAGGAGUUUGUGCCGGGAACAGUGGCCACCACGGCUAGCAAACCUAAGCAAUCCACGCGGGAAGGAAAGGAUGCGAAGGAGGCAACAGUUAACAGCACAAAAUCGAAAGCGCCUCCCAAUGCCAAGUCGCUGUAUCCGGCUCCGGAUCUCCUGGUGGUGCCACAGCGACAGGCAGCCAAGAAGGCAUCGGAGAACAUGCGAUCCACGAAUCUCGCCACGGCCCUGCAGCCAGAUGCCUCUGAGAGAGUGCGGGAUCCGGAAACGAAUUCAAUUCCAACGAGUGCCAAGAACAAGCUUAAAGACUCCUCGACAAGCUCCUCCUCCCGAGGAGCAGCAGCGCUGGAAGCGGAUAAAUCCAGUCUCGAAAAAGCACGACCAAAGGAACAGCCACAAAAAACGGCGGGUGGCAAGGAAAGCGCUCCGGCGGAACGUGGGAAGCGCGGCCGACCACCGAAGGUGCCAAAGGAUGCGUCGCGUCCUCCCACCACCACUUUGGAAAAGGAAAAGCCUGCGGUCGCCGCCUCGCUUUCCCCAACCAAGCCUGCGCCUCCUACAACUGCCUCUACUCCCGCUUCAGCCAAGUCAAACUUUGCCGUGUCCUUGGUGCCUCAACGGCAGGCGGCCAAGAAGGCUGCCGAGCAAUUGAAGAGCAGCAAACCCGUGCAGGAAACGUUCGAGAAGGAACCCGCGGAGAAGGAAGCAGUCACGGCAGCGACUGCAUCAGUUAACACCACGCCUGUUAAGCCCAGCAGACGGACCUCAUUGAAAGAAGCCCAGGCCACUACGCCCAAGGAAUCCCUAAGCAGUAGAAGAAGGUCGAAGGAAGAUGCGGCGACGGCAGUGACGCCCAUAAAGACGACGCCACCCGUCAAGCGUCGUGUGGUUGUCCCAAACCUCUCCAGUUCCAGUUCCGGCGACAGCGACAGCUCCAGUUCCUCCAGCAGCUCGGGCAGCAGUUCGAGCAGUGGCGGCAGCGAUUCCGAAAGCGAGUCUCAGGCCAGCGAUUCGGAGAAGCCUGCUCCGCCAGCUGCCCCUCCUGCUCCAGCUCCUCCAGUUCCAACCGUCUCCUCAAAUGUGCCAAAGCGAUCUCCUCGCAAGUCGGUGGACAAACCUGUAGCUGCAGCGGUAAGCGUGGCACCACCUCAGACACCAUCUACGCGAACGCGUCAGAACUCCACAACAAAGUCGCCUAAGGGAGGAGCAGUGCAGCAAAAGCCAGAUGAACACCUCCACAGCAGCCCCACCAAGACACAGCUGCACCGUCGCCAGAGCUCUUUGGAUGAGGGUGCCAAGCAGGCUCAGCAGUCGGAACAGGCCACCAAGCGAGCGACUCGUGGCUCCAAGUCGCGACCUCCUUCGCCGUCGCCAGUCAAAUCCUCACCCGAAAAGACAACAACAGCCUCCAGGCGCAAGUCGAGAGCGGAUGAAUCUCCCAAGAAGGUGGCGAAUUUGGAGCACGAAAUCAACCAAAGGAAGGCGGCCAGCGGAAAGGCAACCAGUUCGUUGGACAAGCUGUUGAAUAAGAAACAGCAGCAGAUGAACCACUGUACACCUUUGGCCACCACACCACCUCCAAAGUCGCCUAGUCCACCACCUGCUACCGAUGCACCCAUAGUGAAGGAUCAAAGCGACGAAGGAUCAACCAACCUGCAAGCAGAGGCGCAUCAGCCUGAACCAGAACUCCCAGAGACUGCGACAGAAGCCGGCGAACUGCCGAUGGAUAUUGAUGAGGAGCUCACCACCGCUCCAACGCGAACCCAAUUGUCUGCUAGCGCCAGCAAAUUGGCGGACAUUAUAGACGACGAACGUCCGCCGGCCGCUCCGCUCCCUGCCUCGCCCACUCCUACUCCUACCUCCAAUGACGAUGAGUUGUCCGACGCCGGGAGCGAUCUCAGCGAGCGACGACGCAUGCGCUGGCGGUCGAGGCGGCGCAGGAGGAGACGCACGAGCCACGAGCCAGACGAGGAGCACACGCAUCACACCCAGCACCUCCUCAACGAGAUGGAAAUGGCGCGGGAAUUGGAGGAGGAACGCAAGAACGAGCUGCUGGCCAAUGCCAGUAAGUACUCUGCGUCCACAUCCUCGCCUGCAGUCACGGUUAUUCCACCCGAUCCGCCUGAAAUCAUAGAACUGGACUCGAACUCGGCCAACUCGGGAGCUGGAGAUCAGCAGCAGCAGCAGCAGAUGCAGCUGCAGGAUCAAUCCCUGGCGCCUCCGCUGGUUGUUGGCCAGUCGCCGGCAGCCGAGGUGGUGGCAGCAAACGCCCAUCAACCAGCCAUGCUGCUGCCUCCUCUGAUCGAGCAACUGCAGCAGCAGCCACCAGUGCUGACGGAGCCCAUUGUGGACACCAUUCUCGAGAUGGAGGACAGUAAGUUCGCCAAUAACUUUGCCUCGAGCCUGGCCAGCGUCUUGAAUCCUCCCAAUGCAGGGCAGAUAAGCCUAAUCGGAUCGAGCCUGGACAGGGCCAAGCAAAUCAGCGAAGAGGAUAGCAUUCAAGAAACACGAAAGCUCUUGGAUAAACUCCGCAAAUCGAAGCGCAAGCCACUGGAUGACUGUUGCUCCAAGGAGGCAGUAGAUCUAUUGCCUCCCACCCCGGCCAUUCCGUCGGUGUUUCCCUUCCACAAUGCUGCCGAUCCCGAGGAUAUCAUUCAUGCACAGAAAGAACAGCAGCAACAGCAGCAGCAACAACAGCAACAAAAUCAAUCGUGUAUUUAUGGCAACUCAUCGGGACCAAACUCGGUGGCCUCGCUGACCAUCAAGGAUUCGCCCAUGACUGCGAACAGUGGAAGCUACGCCAACAGCCUCACCAGCACUCCAAAUGCCACUCCCACCAAUGCGACAAUGAGCAAUCUCGGAGCCGGCUUCCAGGUCAAUUUCCAGGCCAACUCUCAGCAGGCACCGCCGUUGAGUCUCUUCAUGGAGAAGUCACCGCACCAAAAGGGAGCCUGCCCGCUGUCGAGCAACGGAGCCUCCGCACCUGGACCUGGAGCCACACCCGACUUUGUGGACCUGGCAGCGGCGGCGGUGAAGAACACAAUGGGAAGCUUCCGCGGAGCCGCUGCCGUUCCCACGCAAUCCGGAGCGGGAGGCAACAGCAGCAGCAAGAUCGACUACGAUGAGAACACGCGGAUGCAGUCACCGUUCGGUCGAAAUCCGUGGAACGAGAACGAUCUUAUUGCGGAGCGCAGAAGUAGCUCGCCCAGCUCAGUGUCUGAGUCGAAUGAUCCUCCGCCGCCGCCUCCAGCCGUUGCGGCAGCAGCAGCAUCGGCUGCCCGUAGCCUUGCCCUCGAAAGCUGCAAGAAUUUCUUCAACAGCUAUCCCAGCGGAAAUGGUGGGCCCGGCGGCGUUCCGAAUGCUGCAACGCCCUUCAACCAUGCCCAACCGAUGGUGAACGGUAUUGAUGCCAUACCAAUAUUCAACAACACUGCGGCGCAGCAGCAUCAACAGCAAACUACACCAACUCACCAGCAGCAGCAGCAGAGGACGCCAAACAGCCAACAGUACAAUGGAGCCAUCUAUCCCCAACUGGCGGGCAUUAUGCAUCCACAGACAACGCCGACGGAAGCGCCGCCUAACUUGUAUGGCAAUGGAGUACAAUCAGCAACCCUUCCACCGCCGCCGCAACAAGUCAACCAGUACUCGGGAACACCCUAUUCCACGGCCAAUUUGGGAAUGCUGCCUGUUCAGCAGCCUGUGAUUCCACCCGUUCCUGUUCAGACUACGCCGAACCAUCCGUUUGCCUUGACUUCCCCAUCGGUGGUGGAUGGCAAGAUGACCAAUUAUCCGUCGCAGCUUCUGAGCAGCUGUGCUGAAGCACAGGCCGUGGCCUCGAUGAUGCCGCCCACACCGCCGGUGGUUCCGACCGUAACAGCCAAGGACUCGCCCAGCAAGAGAAGCAUCGUUGGAAGCGGUGGGAGUUCAUCCAAAAAGCAGUCGCAGCACAAAUCCCCCCAACUGCCGCAGGGUAAGUCGCCCGGAAAGUCGCCCAGGCAGCCACUGCAGCCACCAACGCCUCCGGCACCAGUUCCCCUGGUGGCCCUGCCGCCCACCAAGUACGACCCGCAAACACACACACUGCAGGGAAAGCCGCGUCAGCGUGCGCCGCGUGGAAGCUGCGCUUCAGGGGCGCCGGGCAGAGGCAGAGGGCGAGGCCGAGGAAGAGGACGCGGGGCCGGAGCGGCGAGUGGAAUGGCCAUGGUCCUGCCGCCACCAAUGUCGGAUUAUGGCAGCAACACCCACAUAGUCAACAACCUGGUGGGAACUCCCUUUGAGUUCAACAACGAGUUCGACGACAUGGCCGGCCCAGGAGUGGAGAAUCUGCAGUCGCUGAGGGACCGUCGCAGAAGCUUCGAGGUGCGAACGCCACGCGGUCAAAGCAAGACAGCCACCACGACGCCAGCUGCCACGACAGCCACCAAUCCCCUGCUGCAUCCUGUGCUCCCCGGACCCGUGGACAUGCGGACAUACAAUCUGGGAUUCGAGGCGCCGCACAGCACGGCCAGCCAAGAGGCCUACCAGAACAAUCUGCUGGGUGCCUUCGACUCGGGAACCGCAGACCAAACGCUCAGCGAGUUCAACGAGGAGGACGAGCGGCAGUUCCAGUCGGCACUGCGGGCUACCGGCACUGGUAGCUCUCCCAGCAAGCAGCCAUCGGUGGCAGCAGCAGCACCAGUUGCAGCCCAAGCUGCUACCAACCCAACGGCACCUGCAACGGCCAAUCUCCUGCUGCAUCAUUCCACCGAAGCGAACCAAAUGGCACCCAGUUCGGUUGCAUCGGGAGCCGCCACUCACCUGGUGGAGGGCUCGCUGGUUGAGGCUUCGCUGGAGGCCACUUCCGAGGAGGUGUCCAUCGACUCGGACAGUACAAUACUGCACACGAAGAGCUCCUCGAUCUCCGAUUCCCGCAGUCAGAUAAAGCUGAAGAUCAAGAGCCCGCUGACCUAUCCGGAGCACUAUAGUGCCAUGACGAACAGCAGCAGUCUGACCUUGUCCAGCACCUUGGUGCAAUCAUCCAGUGCAGUGCAGACCACCGUGUCCACGUCGACGGUGGUCAGUGCGUCGUCGUCCGCUGUAAGUGGCAACUCGCGUCGCAUGCGAAAGAAGGAGCUGCUCAGCCUCUACGUCGUGCAAAAAGAUAACCACAAUGACGACAGCUCCUGCGGCCUGCCCGCCGCCUCGGACCAACUGCCCCUGGAGAAUCUGCUGCGGAAGUCGGAGGAAGAGGACGAACUGUCCGUCGGCAAUGGCAACAAAAGGUUCAAGAAGAACUCCAGCAGCAGGGAACUGCGCGCUCUCGAUGCGAACUUGGCCCUUGUGGAGGAACAGUUGCUCUCUGGCGGCGCCGGAGGAACGUCGGGUGCAGGAACAUCAUCUGGCGACGGCAGACGGCGCAGCGCUUGCAGUUCGGGCAGCAAUAACGACAACAAUGGCAAGACUGGAGCAGCCAGCAGUGCAGGUAAGCGGCGAGGACGCAGCAAGACGCUCGAAAGCAGCGAGGACGACCACCAGGCGCCCAAGCUGAAGAUCAAGAUCAGGGGACUGGCGGCGGCCAACGAGACCGCGUCGUCGGGUGCCGCCAAUGCGGGCGAGGUGCAGAGCUACAGCUACGAGAUGACCCGCAGGGCUUGUCCGCCCAAGAAGCGUCUGACCAGCAACUACAGCACUCUCACGCUGGAGGAGAUCAAGAGGGACUCGAUGAACUACCGCAAGAAGGUCAUGCAGGACUUUGACAAGGGCGAGGACAACAACAAGCGGGAGGUCCUGGUGCAAGAGGGCGGCGAGUCCCUCAUCAUGCCCCAGCCUCCGACGAAGCGACCAAAGUCUUCCAAGCCCAAAAAGGACAAGAAGGAGAAGAAGCGCCAGAAGCAGCAGCAACAGCUCAUCCUGAGCAGCAGUACAACCACCAUGACCACUACGUUGAUUGAGAACACGGCCAGCGCGUCGCCGGGCGAUAAGCCCAAGCUGAUCCUGCGCUUCGGCAAGCGGAAGGCGGAGACCACGACAAAGACUGUGUGCUUGGAACAGCCUCCGGCGGCGGCGGCAGUGGAGGCACCGGCACCGCUGCGCUUUAAAAUAGCCCGAAACUCCUCGGGAGGAGGCUACAUAAUAGGCACAAAGGCGGACAAGAAGGAUGAUCCCACGCCGGAGAACACCACGUCCCCGGUGACGGAGCUGCCGAUGAUGGCAGGAGAGUCCUCUCCGCAGGGUCGGCUGCUCAACAGCUUCACGCCGCACUCGCAGAAUGCCAACGCAUCGCCGGCGCUGCUGGGCAAGGACACGGGCACCCCGUCGCCGCCCUGCCUGGUUAUUGACUCCAGCAAGAGUGCCGAUGUCCACGACUCCACUUCGUUGCCCGAGAGCGGCGGCGUGGUGGCCCUGGGCGGAGUGCCCGCGUCCCUUGUGGGCGCCACCACCCCGCUGUGCGUCAACGUGGGCAACUACGAGAACAGCAACAACUCCCUGCCCUCGGCCAGUGGCACCGGAUCGGCUUCCAGCAACUCCUGCAACAGCAACUCGAACAACAACAACAACGGCAGUGGCAGCGGCAGCGGCAGCGGAGGAGGACGCGCCAGCGGGGGAGGUAGUUUACUUCCAUUGAAAAAAGACUGUGAGGUUAGAUGAUAAUCGUAGAACGCGAGAGAGCCGCUUGUACGUGCAUCUUUUCCCGUCACUCCGUUCAUUUGAGCUUUCCAUUUGAUUUCUACACCCUCCCUUUGUGAUUUAAUUCUGAUUCCGAUCGAGGAAUCAUCCUUGCCCUCGUCCCAUUCACAUUUUUAGCUUUGUUGUAAAUGAUCGAACAUCAGGUCCCCCAAAUCGAACUUUAAAUUGUACAGUUAGUUUGUAACUCCCCCUUCCUAUUAUUUUUUAUCUGUCUGUAAACUGGUUUGUUGUAAUCGCAUUAGCGUAAAGAAGAUAUUAUCCCUAUACCUAAUAAUUAUUUAAUAUGCAUAUAGAACAUAUUAUGCGAGAAACAAAAACAAAAAACAUAAAGUGUACAUUUUUAGUGAAGCAGAUUAUACGAUUAAGGUUUUGUAAAUUACUGUAUUAAAGUUAUAAAGAUUCAAAAGCGCA